UACAUCGUAUUCGAUUACGUAAUUCACAGUCUCUUUGCAAUACGUUGGGGAUCUUGAUCCAUAUUUUCAAUAAUUCCUCUACACUUAAACUUAACAAUUCGCUCUUGGUUCGAAUAUAAUUAGACUCCUUUUGAGCCUCUCGCUGAGCGAUGUUGGCAAGUAUUCGAUCCAUUAGCGUUCGAUAUGAGGAUUUAACGCAAUGAUUUUUAGCAUUACCUCGUUCUCAGUUUUAUACCUAUACCUUUAAGAUACACUGCGCAUGAUGGAUUUCUUUUAACCCCCUCCAAAGUAGUUUUAAGAGAAGGUAUAAAAGCAAUAAGAAAGUAAGAAAUCGAUUUAUAUCGAGAUGAGUGCACAAAUACAACAAGAAUCGCAAGAUUCAUGGGGUAGCGAAGAUGAUGAUGAUGCAAAGUCAUCGCUUUCGGUAGAUAAAUUAUCGGUGAAUGAAUCCUCGAAAGAGGAGCAAGGAAAGGAAACCUUAAUAUCCGCAUGGUCGCUAUUCUUAGACGGAGGCAUUAUUCUCGAAGUUGGCGUUACACUGGACGAGUACUUUUUCGAUUCCAUCGUGCAAAUAUCAUGUCCUCCGCAUUAUGAAGACCAGUAUUUACAAUUUGAGAGUUGCGAAUGGAAAGAAAUAUUCAAUUUUAAAACGGAACACUUAAUUAAACAUAUGGUGCAGUGUACGCCUAAAAGAAGGAGCAAGCAUGAAAUUUUUACCCAGUCCAAAAUAAUAAUACUUGAAGCGGAAGAAGAAGAAGGCGUUAGAUGUAUUCGAAUAAGCGAAUCAGAUAAAUCUAUACUAUUUUCCAAGCAAGCAGUCGAUAUGAUAUUUAACGCUUCCGAAGUGAUUACUCAAAAACUGAAUGUCGUCAAUCACUAUGCGAUGUAUUGUCUUUAUGAUGACUUUACGCGUGAGUUGGCAAAAAUUCUACAUACCGAAGGUGUUACUAGCGAAGAGAGCAUUUUAUCCAGAGCGAAAAUCAUAUGCCAAAAUCUCAAAUUCUUAACAUCGCUAUGCAGUUGGAAGGAAAAGUAUGAUAAUUUGCAAGACUUUACUCUUCUAACAGAAAUUGUAAACAUUCACCCUCGAAAAUUUAUAAAUACGGUUGUUAGUAAAAUUAGCAUGUUAAAAUAAAUAAUUUUAUAGCGUAAAAAAUGCUUUUUAUUUAUUCAUACGUAUCGAUACACAACAACUUAUUAUCCACCUAAUGCCGCAUAUACAAUUCAAUUUGUUUAUCAAACUUUAAAAGUUUAGCUAAUACAUUAUAUAAUUGCUCCAAUACGCCUUUAUUAGCACAAUGAAUAUUGAAUAAGGAUAGAUCAAUGUCGCCUGAGUGAAUUACACGACCUGUAUAUUCACUAUAUUUAUGAAAUUUAUUUCCGGUGAUAAAGUAUAGGUAUCCAUCCAUGUAUUUAAAUAUAGAAGUUAUCUUAACCGGAAUAUCUGGAAAGGUUUCCGCAUAUAUUAAGCGAUUUUUAGGUCGAUUACUACAAUCAUCCAAAUCUAGCAGUUCAUUUGUACCAUGAUAAAUAAGCGUGCGUCCGGUAUAGGUGUUAACUGCAGCAUUCACUUUAUGGCUGUUGGGAAUUGUGAAGUGGCUAUAAGGCUGAGGCCAUCCUGGUAGCAGUUGCAGACUAGGGAAUUGCACUAUGUAUAUGCGACCGCCACUAAAGAAGACAACAUCGCCGUUAGGCUUUUGAUAUACCGCUUCCAAACGUUUAAAAGAUGCCGGAAGAAACGUUAACCACUCAAGCAGAUUCUUGGCAGGUUCCACUUUGCUGCUGUUUAACGCCGAUAUGCAAACCCAAUGUUCAUAAAACAUAUAAAGUCGUUUGUUUAGAAUCAAAAAGUGUUCGAUUUGAAUGGUACACAGGUCAGGUGGUUUAAUGGUCUUGCGAGUAGUCUUGAGAGUAGGUGUAGUUGUCUUAAUACGCGUUGAAAGAUGAUAAGUUUUAUUCUCUGGUGAAGGGGUGGCAGCAGCAGCAGCAUCAAUAGAAUAUAGUGCUCGGAUUCCGGCUAUAUCAUCCUCAUGUAGCGUGUUCAUAUUUGAAUAAUUGUAAUAAGGAAACAUGAGUGCAUUUUCAUCGCUCGA